CGCAGGCUGGAGUUCGGGGUUUGGCUGCUGGUUCGUUGGAUACGCGGCAGGUUUUCCACGUUUUUCGCAAAGUCCAGAAAGAAGAAAACCAGAAUCGUCCGACAUGGCAUCUGAGAGUGAUAAACUUUAUGGAGGAAGGAUAGUGGGAAGUAUUGACCCCAUCAUGGAACAGUUUAACGCUUCAAUCGGUGUUGACAAGCGCUUGUCGGAAUUUGAUAUCUGCGGAAGCAUGGCUUAUGCAAAAGCUUUGGAAAAGGCUGGAAUUCUGUCUAAAGUUGAAAUGGAGAAGAUCAUCAGUGGAUUAGAGAAGAUUUCUGAUGAGUGUUCCAAGGGCGUCUUGAUGAUCACCAGAACUGAUGAAGACAUCCACACUACUGUUGAACGCAGACUCAAGGAACUGAUCGGUGAGGUGGCUGGAAAGCUUCACACUGGACGAAGCAGGAAUGAUCAAAUAGUGACUGAUCUAAGGUUGUUUAUGAAGAGCUCCUUCACAGUGCUGUCCGUUCACCUCCAACAGCUCAUUCGGACCCUGAUGGAACGGGCUUCUACUGAAAUGGAGGUGAUAUUUCCUGGUUAUACCCACCUGCAAAGAGCUCAACCAAUCAGAUGGAGCCAUUUUUUACUCAGCUAUGCUGUUGCUCUGGCCAGAGAUUAUGAGCGCCUCUUUGAGGCAAAGAAAAGGAUCAACGUUCUGCCUUUGGGAAGUGGGGCUUUGGCUGGCAACCCAUUUGGCCUGGACCGUGAGCUGCUCCGCCGAGAACUGGAUUUUGCCAGCAUCAGCAUCAACAGCAUUGAUGCAGUGAGUGAUCGAGACUUUGUGGUGGAGUUUCUUUACAUUGCUUCCAUGAUCAUGGUUCACCUGAGCAGAUUAUCAGAAGAUCUGAUUGUCUAUACCACUAAGGAGUUUGGAUUCAUCACUCUCUCUGAUGCAUACUGCACCGGGAGCAGCCUGAUGCCCCACAAAAGAAAUCCGGACAGCCUUGAAUUGAUCCGCAGCAAGGCUGGCCGAGUGAUUGGAAGAGCUACUGGACUUCUUGUGAUUCUGAAAGGACUUCCCAGUACCUAUAACAAGGAUCUGCAGGAAGAUAAGGAAGCUGUGAUUGAUGUGAUGGAUACCCUGGACACCGUGCUUAAAGUUACCACUGGAGUUAUCUCCACUCUCCAGAUCCACAGGGAUGCCAUGGAAAGAGCCCUGAGCCCUGAAAUGUUGUCUACAGAUCUUGCUUACUAUUUGGUGCGCAAAGGAGUGCCGUUCAGACAAGCCCACACUGUUGUGGGGAAGGCAGUCCGCUUAGCCGAGAGCAAAGGAGUGACUCUUAGCCAUUUAUCCUUGGAAGACCUAAAAGGAAUUCACCCCAUGAUGGGAGGUGAUGUCCUUCAAGUUUUCAACCAUCAGCACAGCGUGGAGCAGUACACCUCCCCUGGAGGGACCGCCAGGAGCUGCGUGAGUGCCCAGAUUGAAUAUCUGAAGGAGAUGAUGAAGUUUAAGGAUUGAAAGAGACAGAAAGAUUAAGCUUCAAGUGUGGGGAAAUACUGUCCCGUUGCUGCAGGUUUCUGCUUAGCAUGUUUAACCACAAGGCAAUAAAUACAGUGGCAUAUUGGAUU